AUGGAACAAAGGGGACGUGGAUGGUGGGAGAGAUGGCAGUGGCUACUAUUUUUUGCAGCCUUUUUGUCUGGGAAAGGAUCUUUGGCGCAAAUACGAUACUCUGUUUCUGAAGAACACGACAGAGCUGUCGUUGGGAACAUUGCUAAGGAUUUGGGGAUUGAUGUACGAACACUGAAGGAACGAGGCUUUCGCAUAGUGUCAAGUUCAAACAAUUCCCUUUUCACGGUAAACCAAAGCGAUGGCAUUUUGUAUGUGAAUGGUAAAAUAGACAGGGAGGGUGUUUGCGAGCGAAGCAGCUCGUGUUUGAUUAAUCUUAAAACCAUUCUCGAAAACCCGCUAGAGAUCCAUUACGUGUCGGUGGAGGUUGUAGAUGUCAAUGACCAUUCCCCGAGCUUUCUUGAUCAGAAAACGCGUCUAGAAAUAUCAGAAUCUGCACUCCGCGGUGUGAAGUUUCAGCUUCAGCCAGCACGCGACCCGGACGGAGGUAUAAAUUCAAUUCAACUGUACAAAUUGAGUCAAAACGAUCAUUUCCGCCUAGAGGUAAAAGACCGUGGGGAGGAUGGUAAAAUUCCCAUUCUGAUUUUACAAAAAUCUCUAGAUAGGGAAGUUGCCACAACCCACAAGCUAGUGCUUACCGCCAUUGACGGUGGAAAACCUCCCAAGUCGGGAACAGCGGAGAUACAUAUUGAUGUUUUGGACGUGAAUGAUAACGCGCCUCUUUUUACAGAUGAGAUAUAUACGGUCAUGCUAAAGGAAAAUGCACCAAUUGGAACCACAGUGAUACAAGUAAAUGCAAGUGAUUUAGAUGAAGGUUCAAAUGGCGAGAUCGUGUACUCUUUCGGUAACAUUGUAAGCAGUAAAUUACGCAAGUUGUUUGAAAUAAAUCCUGUCAGCGGUGAAAUUACUGUAAAGGGGCACAUAGACUACGAGGAAAAGGACAAAUAUGAAUUAGAUGUACAAGCCUCAGAUAAGGGUUUUGCUCCUCUGACAACAGACAAAAGUGUCACUAUAAAAAUUGUGGAUGUUAAUGACAAUGUACCUGAGAUUGAGGUGACAUCCUUCUCAAGAGCAGUCUCUGAGGAUUCUAGACCCGGAACAACAGUUGCACUGAUCAGUGUCAAUGACUUAGACUCUGGUGUCAAUGGUAAAGUGGCUCUUUCAUUACCUGAGCACUUACCUUUUAAACUGAUGCCCUCCACUCAGGAUAACAUAUACUCUUUGAUCACUAGCUCACCAUUGGACAGGGAGAAAGAAUUUCAAUAUGAUGUCACAUUAACUGCCGUAGAUUCAGGACAGCCACCUUUGUCAUCUGAAAAGACAAUAACGGUGUUGAUAUCAGAUGUCAAUGACAACAGUCCACAGUUUUCAGUCAGUCAGUAUGCAUUUUAUGUGGCAGAAAAUAAUGUUCCUGGUGAAUCCAUUUUCACAGUGUCUGCCUCUGAUAAAGACCUUGAUGAAAACGCUCUCGUUCGCUAUCAGAUCUGCCGGGAUUGUGGAGAUGACAGUAAAUAUGCAUCCUUUCUAAACAUCAAUUCAGAAAAUGGUCAUGUGUAUGCACUUAAAAGUUUUGAUUUUGAAACACUGAAAUCUUUCCAGUUUCAAGUAUUAGCAAGUGACAGUGGGAAACCACCCAGAGGAAACAAUGCCACAGUUAAUGUAUUCAUACUUGAUCAGAAUGAUAAUGCACCAGUGAUUCUGUCUCCUGUAAGUGCCAACGGCACCUCAGAAGGUGUAGAGGAAGUUCCACGUAAUGUGAACGCAGGUCACUUAGUCACCAAAGUGAGAGCUUUUGAUGCUGACGUGGGUUACAACGGGUGGCUACUUUUUUCAUUGCAAGAGGUCACAGACCACACUCUCUUUAGCUUGGACCGUUAUACCGGACAGAUAAGGACUCUGCGGUCAUUCAGUGAAACAGAUGAAGCCCAACAUAAACUGGUCAUACUGGUCAAAGACAAUGGAAACGUCUCACUCUCUGCAACUGCUACACUGGUCAUUAAGCUGGUGGAGCCAAAAGAGGCCUUUGCUGCUUCGGAUGUUCAGAACCCAUUAAGCAGUGACGAGACUGAUGUCACAUUUUACCUCAUCAUAACACUGGCGUCGGUGUCGGCACUGUUUUUAAUCAGUGUUAUCGUGCUGAUUGUCAUGCAAUGUUCCAAAUCAACAGACUUUUCGUCCAAGUACUUACAAGAUCCAAAUUAUGACGGAACUCUGUGCCACAGUAUUCAAUAUAGAUCUGGGGAUAAACGGUACAUGCUGGUUGGGCCCAGAAUGAGUAUCGGUUCUACUAUAGUACCAGGAAGUAAUGGGAACACGCUUGUGAUUCCAGAUCGAAGACGACGACUAUCUGUGGAGUUUGUUUGCCCCUAA